AUGCAAUCAGAGACCGUCGUCCUCCAAACCACCUACCUUGCCGGGAAGAAGAAGGGGAAGCCUCUUCCCGCCCGCGCCGCCACCGUUAUGGGAACGCGCCUCAGCACCGCCAACAAUAACGGUAGCGGCACGAGCAGGAGCGGCAGCGUCCGCUACCGUCACCAGCAUUCCAACUCGACCCCGCCGACCGGCAUCCACCACCACCACCGGGCCGCCAGCUCCGUCUCCUCCAGCCACCGCCAGGCAGCGGCGGCGGCGCCGCCGCCAACACGCCCGCCGCCGGCAGCGCCGCCGGCCCCUCGCCCGCGCAGCCACAGCACUUCCGCCAUCGGCGAGACCACCACCGUGCUCGUCGGCCGGCAGCGCGCGCGCUUCGUCAUCUCCCGACGACUCCUCUGCGCCGCGAGCCCCUUCUUCCGUACCCGCCUCCUUGUCACCAGCACCAACACCGCUUUGUGGCUCCCCGGCGAGUCGGCCACCAUGUUUGAGCUGUUCGUCGAAUGGCUGCACGCGCCACGCUCCUUCCGCUCGCACCUCGACGACGCCAUCACCGCCGACAACGACAACGCCGCCGAGGCGGAGCUCCUCCACUGGGCGCUGGUCCGGCUGCACCUGUUCGCCGCGCGCCUCGGCCUGCCGCCGCUGCAGGACCUAGCCAUGGACGCCGUGCAGGACCUGUACCUGCGGCGCGACUGGGAUGUCGCGCCGGCUGUCGUAGCGUACCUGUACGUGCGGUGCGAGGCGCGCCACGCGGGGCGUCUGCGGCGUUGGGCCGUCGCCAUGGUAGCCUUUUCCCUCGCCGCUGCCGGGCAGGAGGAGGAGGAGGAGCAGCAGCAGCAGCCGAACCAGCAGCGGGCGUCAUCGGCCACUCACCUCCGCAAGCUGCUUGCAGCGCUGCCGGAGCUCGCCGCCGACUAUGCCGCGCACGUGCGCGGCAUGCGUGCCGCCGGGCUCGACCUGCGCUUCAAGAACCCGCAGCUUCGCAUCCCCGCCAACGCCUUGCGCAGCGAUAAGCGCGCGUUCGGCUUCCGCGAGUGCUCCUUCCACUCGCACCGCGCCGAGGUCGGCCAGGGUGCCUGCCCGCACUCAGCGAGCGGCCUGCGCGCCGCAGACACAGGCUCCGUGCUGGACCUUCUCGGCGGCGGCGGGGACGAGCAGGCGGUGGCCGAGGACGAGGAUGAGGACGAAGACGAGGAGGUGGAUGAAACGAGGCAGUGGGAGAAGGAGUGGGCGGGCGAGUUCGAGGGCUGGGAGGACGAGCCGGAGUACACGUACGCGACAACGAGUCUGAGACGCCCGCCGUCGGUGCCGACGCCGCCGCCGCCGGCCCCGCUUCCGAGACGAACGGCGAGCGGGAGGCUGUUGAUGUCCAAGUUUGGCACGCACAGCUCCCCGCGACUUCCGUCGCGGGACGGCGCCGUGGCCCCAACGCCAACGUCGGGGUGA